UGUUAAUAAUACAUUUUUCAUUAUACAGUUGUCUGGCGUUUUAAUACGUGAUGAAGAAUUCCGCAAAUUUUAACAAGAGGACAAUAUGGCGCCUGUUGAUUUCUCUGAUCGUUUGCUCGGCAACUACGGCGGAUUCCAACAAUUGUACUCAACCGGAAACCAUGCUACCAACAACACCCCUGUUCAUCUAUCAACAAACAGCUGUACUUAAUACAGCAGUAUACCACUGCCUCUACAACGAAGAUAACGUAUGCCACAGUGACGUAUGUUUGAAAUGUAAAUGGGGAAACACGAAUUCUGCAGCAAGUGCCAACUCAUCACACCGAUUUAGCGACAUUACUAACACAUGUUUAAAAGCAUUUGACACAAAUAAAUAUACAAACGUCUAUGGACAUUCGUACAACAACUAUACAGUAUACAAAUACGAGUACACGUGUGAGAAUAACGCUAGAUUCGACAAGUUUAUAACCAUUAUAUUUACUAAAUAUUACACCGAAGCGGACGUAGUGCAAGAUAAAAUAGUGCUCCGAUCGGGCACUGCUUGCAAAUACAGCACAGGGUUCUGCCAUGAUGACAGAGAUAAUAUUGACGUUAUGUGGAAGACAAACAGAGCCGAUCAGUUGUCUUGUAACAGUCUUAGAAGAGUGAACGUCUCGAACUCCUACCACAUGUAUCUUAACGGGAAAAACUACGCGAUUGUGGAGUCCGAGCACAAAUACUUUGCCUUUGAUUGGAACAAUGUACAACAAAAAUGCGGUGUUACCGCGUGGGAAGUUCAAAAAGGGGCCUUAAUAGUAACAUCACAAACUAUAGUAGAAGCGGACAAUAGGCCUGUCCAAAGCACAGAUCACCUGAGACGUUUCUUUCGGGUCAAGCAAAAUUUGUAUGAUUUCCUCAUUGAAAAAUGUAUUGCGGAAUUAAAUACUACAAACCUUGACGCCCAAUACGAAGCACUGUUCGAUAAGUUCAAACUAAGGGACGAAACGAAUUACUUAAACAAAUUAGACAGGGAAUAUCGACGGUUCCUGUUGAAUGGGUACCAACACGAUUACGUGGGGGUAGAAGAAAGCCAUGCAGCCAGUUGGAAACUUACAUGCGCUGUUUAUAUACUGAUUACCGUUGUAUCAUAUCACGUGCUGUUGGCAAUAACCUUUGUAACACUAUUUUUGUUCAGAUCCUUACGGAAGUACCUUCCGAAAAAAAGAAAUAGAAGACCAGAGGCGGCAAGAGCCAAUUUUGAAUUAAAACCAACGCGUGAUCUCCCACAUGUGUACGACAGUCCCACGUCAGAAUAGGUCCUUUUAUUAACGCUAGUGGCGUGGCCCUGUCCUCAAAAUUUGGCUUAACGCAUCCUUUGUCAUUUAUUCAUUGUAUCACUGAUUAUAGGAAGUGUUUCCUAAAUAAAUAAUAAUAAAUA